AUGAGCGCACAUAUGGAGAAGGUGGUCCAGUAUCAUUCCUCCGUAAAGCCGCCGUGGGUGGGCACGGUAUCAGGCAACGGCCGGAGGUCGAAAGCUACAAGACACGAAGUUUGGCUGAAUGCGUCCCCGUGCCUGGCGUCUCAGUCUUGGAAGGCGAUUUGGUUUCGUGGUCCCCGUGAACACACCACUGCUUGUUGUCCUCUGGCGGCUGUCGCGCUCGCGGAAGAACAACCACGGGUACCCAGUAAUAUCUCUGCACGAUACACCCUAAUUAAGCGAGAUGGCGGAAGGGGGUGA